AUGACUAACAAAUGGAUAAAAAUCGUUGGAAUUGAUGGAGAGACAAUCACCAAAGGAUACAAAAAGAAAACCAGUGGAAUACUCAUGAGAUUAGGGAAAUAUACUACAACAAUCACGUUCGAUAUUGCACCAAUGGACACUCAGUAUUACGACGCAGUAUUAGGAAUGGCAUGGCUGAAAGAACAAAACCCGAUAAUUGACUGGGCCUCCGGAACAGUGGCAGUCAACUCCAGCAUGCUAAAAACAAAGAUAGAAACCAAAGACAUCGAGAAGAUAUUGAAUCUUCAUAAGGAAUCAGGGACAUCCUCAGAGAAAGGGCAAGCUGAUACCCUAAGAAAGACACGGAAGGUGACGUGGACUCAAGAAGUAGAACAACAAGAAAACAAAAGGGAAAUUGAAGCACAGGCAAGACAGAUUGCAACAGUACGACCAAAGCCUAAGGAGCUUUACGAAAAAGAACUGGCCAAAGUCAAAGCGAAACUACCAGAAAAAUACUACAACUACAUUGAACUAUUUGUAAAAAAGGAAUACCGACUACCAAACCACCCAAAAGAAUACAAAGUACGAAUACCCUUGAAACCAGGAUUCAAGGUACUCUCAGUCAAACAACAUUGCAAAUCACGAGACAAACUAGAGAUGGAAGAUAAAUUCAUUGAGGAAUUUCUCGCCGCAGGAUACAUCCGCGAAGGACGAGGAUCAGCCUCAGCAAGACCAUUAUUUGUGCUAAAGAAAGAUAGAACCAAGCGAAUGGUUAUUGACUAUAGAGCACUCAACAACAGAACUGAAGAUGACACAAACAAGGCACCACAUCAGGAGCAGAAACGAGAUUUACUCCAAGGAGCAAAAAUCAUGACGGUCUUUGACAUCCAAUGGGAUAAAAGUCUGUAUGAAUGGGCAGUUACUCUAAUGGGACUAAAAAGACUACCAGUAGAAUUCGCACAAUUUAUGACAUAUGUUUUGAUACAAUACCUCAACAAAUUUGUUGUAGUAUACUUCAACGACAUCAUUGUAUACUCCAAGGACCCCAACGAACAUGAAGGACACGUACGACAAGUUAUGACAAAACUUAUGGAAGCUGGACUUAUGCUCAAGAUUAAGAAAUGUGAAUUUGACACGACAACAGUCAACUACUUAGGAAUGAUUUACACACCGGAAGGAUUAAAGAUUCAACCAGAAAAAGUGGAUGCUAUUACGAAUUGGCCAACGCCAGCCAACAUCAAGGAAGUACAAGGAUUUUUAGGAGCUACUGGAUAUGUCAGACGCUACAUUCGGAAUUACUCUGAACAUAGCCGACCCAUGACAGAACUCCUGAAGAAAGAUGAAGAAUUUCUAAAACAACUAGUUACCGAAGCACCAAUCCUAGCACUGGAUGACCCAGAAAAACGAAAGAUUAUCAGACUAGACACAUCAGGAUACACACUCGGAAUUGCACUCGAACAAGUAGGAAGUGACGGCAUUGUGCAAAUUGUUGCCUUCUACUCAAGACAAUUCAUAGCAGCAGAAAGGAACUAUGAUGUUCAUGACAGAGAACUACUCGUAAUAGUGGAAGCAUUCAAGCAAUGGAGACACUAUCUGCAAGGAGUUAAGGAAGAAACAAUUGUGAAAAGUGACCACCACAAUCUAAAAUACUUCACAAUGACAAAGGAACUUACUGGACGACAAAUACGAUGGGCCGAAUAUCUAUCAAGAUUUAAAUUUCGGAUUGAACAUAUUAAAGGAAAAGAGAAUGUUAUUCCAAAAACGAAUAUCCUAAAAGAAGAUGAAGACGGAAUACGCUACAAUGUUAAAGUAAUACUAGCAGCAACAAUUAUAGUCAACCACCACGACUUCUACAACCACAUGAUCCAAGCAAUCCAACAAGACAAGAUACUUACAAUGGCAAUCACGAAUAAAGAAGCAUAA